CCGCUCAGCGCGCGCUUAAAGGAGACGCAACAAAGCCAAGAUGAGGUCCGAGUCGCCCGGUUCUCGGCUACAGCCCGGUUUACUAUCGCUUUAAGAGCGUACUAAUACCGUCUCUGCGUCUUUAAAAGAUGCUUUUUGCAGAGUUAUAACUAAGUUUGUUAAUGAACUAGAACUACAGAACAGCGCGCGCGAGAGGAGGACUCGGUGAAAUAUGUUUGCGUGUAGGAUCAGGGCCUUUAACGAGCAAAGUCUUCUCAGAUUUUUAUUUUUAUACCGUAUUUAUCACUUCAUGUCCGCGUGGAUUAAUUAAAGGCAUUAAACCGAGCGUUGUUGGGGUAUUUUUCUCCCGGGGGAUGAUGGAAGUGCAGCGUGUUGAUAAAAAAGAGAAGCGGGAGGAAGAAGAGGAGGCCGCGUUCACAUCCCCGGACUCGAGUGUGACCCGCACGCCGCGCAGGGCGCUCCGGGGCCGGGGGGAGACUCGAGCGAAGUCCGCCGCUCCGCCUGCUUCAUCCGCGGACACGAACGGAACCCCGAGUGCGGCGGGAUCCGGCCGGGUUCUGCGCGACCGCUCCACGAGAUCCGUCCCCGUGUGGAGGAGAAGAGACCUCGGAGUGGAGCAGGACGAUGAUGAUGAUGAUGAUGAUGGUGAGGAGGAGGAGGAGGAGGAAGAAGCGGAAGCGCGCCGCAGGAGGAAGACCGCGUAUCCGCGGCGCAGGAGGAACACCGAGGCGGCCAGAGACAACAAAACUCAGUGUGGAGAGAGUAAGGACGCUGCAGGCACUCGAGCCGGAAGCAGGCGAGCGCAGAGCCGCAGCAGAGCGCCGUCGUCUCGGGGACUCCGGGGUUCGGCGCGGGUGGUGUGUAAGAGCGAGCCGGAGACGGAGACCACCUGCGCGGAAGAAAACAAAACAGCCGAGAUGAAGACAAGCGCUGAGAAGAAGAGUGAGGUCGAGGUGCUGCUGGGUGACGAAGAUCCUCCCUUCACCCACGACCCGAAAGAACGAGCGGACGAGCCUCGGGUCCGGAGUGAGGAUGACGAGGGCGACAGCAGUGAUGAAGACGUGCCCUUUAAGGACGACCUGAAUGACCAGAGCUACGACCCCAAAUCUGGGAGGGAAAGUCAGAAGCCGAGACGUAGAGCUGCUCCGCGGCCGAGAGAGAAGAAGGAGAAAGCAGCUGGAGGAGAGAAAGACAAGAAAGAGACGGAGGUGAAGACGGAAGGAGUGGAGAUGGCGGACGUGAAGCAGGAGGUUGGAGAGGGGGCGGAGCCACCCAGGAAGAGAGGUCGGCGAAGAAAAGACGACAAAAGCCCCCGUCUUCCCAAGAGACGGAAGAAGCCACCGGUGCAGUACGUACGCUGUGAGAUGGAGGGAUGUGGAACGGUUCUCGCUCAUCCGCGCUACCUGCAGCAUCACAUUAAAUAUCAGCACUUAAUGAAGAAGAAGUAUGUGUGUCCACACCCGUCCUGCGGCCGUCUGUUCCGCCUUCAGAAACAGUUACUGCGUCACGCCAAACACCACACAGAUCAGAGGGACUACAUCUGUGAGUUCUGUGCACGUGCGUUUAAGAGCUCUCACAACCUUGCUGUACACCGCAUGAUACACACUGGAGAGAAACCACUGCAGUGCGAGAUCUGCGGCUUCACCUGUCGUCAGAAAGCGUCUCUGAACUGGCACAUGAAGAAGCACGACGCAGACGCCUCCUACCAGUUCUCCUGCGCCAUCUGCGGCAAGAAGUUCGAGAAGAAGGACAGCGUGGUGGCUCACAAGGCCAAGAGCCACCCGGAGGUCCUGAUCGCCGAGGCCCUUGCCGCAAACGCCGGUGCCCUCGUCACCACGGCGACGCCCACCACCACGCACGUGACCCCGGUAGGCGUCGGCUCCGUCAUGGUGCUGGACCAGGAGCAGUCGCUGCACACCAUGCAGGUGCCUGUCACUCUCGCGCUGCCCUCUACAGACGAGGCUAAGGGUGUUGCAGGAGGGGGCGGAGCCUCCGUGUCGCACCCGACCUCUUCCAAUCAGACAGUGCAUUUUGUCUCCGCCCCCGUGUCCCAGCAACAGCUGACCGUUCAGGCUCCUCCACAGAUCGUUCACAUGACCCUCACCACUCUUUCGCACCCUCCUCAGCAGCUCCCCCUGCUGUCCGUCACACAUCAGCUGCCCACGAGCACUAGCUCCGCCCCCUCCAUCUCGCUCCUCCCACAGAUCACUUCUGUGGCUUUCACUGCCGAUCCUGCACCCCCUCCAUCAUCCUCCGCGUCCUCUCCUCCACCUCCUAAUCCACCUCCUCAGGCGGAGAGGAAAGAGGGUGGGGCACUCUGGGAGGGUGGGACUGGGAAUGUGGGUGGGGUUUGGGAAGCGGGCGGGGCCGGCGAGGCGCAGGUUGUGACGGACAGCCCAGACGGGACGAUCCAACACAGACUGAUGUAAGGAAGGAAGAGUUUCACCGCGGAAUGACUCGCAGAGGUAUCUUAAAGGAACUCUGGCUAAACCGGUAGCUGUACGCUUUCUGUAGUUGUAAGCAGCAUUAACCUUUCCUAACUCCGAUGGAAAACAGGAAACGUUCUUUAUCACCGGAGCAAACCGGAGCAUCAUGGGAGGAGAUGGAACAGCCUUAACCUUUGACCUUAGUUCCUGUAGUUUGAAAGUUUUGUUUUUUCCACAAUACUGACAUUAUAAUCCUUAAAUUAGAGAAUCACAGACCAAUAACGAAGUUCACACAGCGAUUAAAACUCUGGUGUUUAGGUUUCAAAUCGUUUCACGCUAUGUAGCAGGAGGAAGGAGAAGAAGUGGUAGAUUUGAACAGAUUCAAUGUUUUAUAAAUCUCUUAAUCUAACUAUCCAUGUACAAUAAACAUGUCUACACUGCUCUUCCUCUCUGUGUGUGUGUGUGUGUGUGUGUGUGUGUGGAUAAUGAGUGUGUAGACAGGAAGUAAACAACGUCACACCUGUGCAUCCUACUAAUAAACAGUGAAGGACAGGAUUUUUUAAAUGUUUAUUAUUUCUGUGUGUGUGUGUGUGUGUGUGUGUGUGUAAAGGAAGUCAUAUUUUCAGUGUACAUGUGCUGAAUGUAAUCCAGUUAUUGAAUUUUUUUUUCAACCAGAUAAUGAUACUUAUAGUCUGCAUUUAAACACAUUACUUGAUGAUCUGUUCCUCUACAUGAGUCUGUACAGUGUUGUGUGAUCACAUGACCUCACGUCCUACAAAUCCAUGG